CCUUCCUGAAGAAAAGAUAGAGGGAGAAAGGAUGGUGACUGAGUGUUUGACAAAUUGUUCUCAGGAUGCUGUGACCUUUGGCGAUGUGGCUGUCAACUUCACCCAAGAGGAGUGGACUUUACUGGACCUAUCUCAGAGAAACCUGUACAGAGAUGUGAUGCUGGAGAACUACAAGAACCUGAUCACCACGGGCUAUAAGUCGUUCAAACCGGCUCUGAUCUCUUGGUUGGAACAAGGAGAGUUUAGGACAGUGGAGAGAGGAGCCCUCCAAGAAUGGGAAAUGAAUCAAAAAGUCAAAGACUCCUCAAUUCAGCAGGAUAUUUUAGGGGCAGAAACACCCAAUGGGACAGAAAUGUGAAGAAUGGCAAGAAACCACAAUGGACUGGAACUCUAUGACUGUAAGCAGAGUGGGAAAGACUUUAGUGAACAUUUGUGCCUUAAGACACACAAGAGAACUCAAAAUGAAGGGGACACUUAUGAGGAUAAUCAGUGUGGAAAGAGCUUCCUUACUGUGCAGAAGAAACCCUCUACUGGAGAGAAACAUCCUGUGUUUGUUCAGUGUGGAAAAGCCAUCAGUGUGACUCCAAAUAUUGUGUAUGGGAAAACUAGCACAUCAGAGAAAGCCUUCAAGGCAGUGAUGGUGGGAAUGCCUUUGUUAAUGAGUCUUACCUUCAGGCACAAACGAGAACUCAACAAUAGAGAAAAACUCUUGUGAAUGGAAGGAUUAUGGGAAAGCUUCUGUUCACUCCACUUGCCUUGGUAUACAUGUGCAAACUCGCAGUGCUACCAAACAUGAAUGUAACGAAUGUGGGAAAGCUUAUGCUGCAUCCUCAGGCCUUAGGAGACAUAUAAAAACUCACACUAGGGAGAAGCAUUUUAAAUGUGACAAAUGUGGGAAGGCCUUUGCAACGUCCUCAUAUCUUAUUAAUCACUUUGGGACUCACACGGGAGAGAAGCCUUUUGAGUGUGAUGAAUGUGGGAAAGCUUUUGCCAGGUCUUCACACAGUAUCACUCACGUGUGUGUUCAUUCUAGAGGGAAACCUUAUAAAUGUACAGAAUGUGGGAAAGCCUUCCCUUUUCCUGAAAGCCUACACAAACAUGUAAGUAGGUAUACUGGAGAGAAACCCUAUAAAUGUAAGGAAAGUGGGAAAGCCUUCAUUACUACUUAUCAUCUUAGUAGACACUUAAAAAGUCACACACUGGAGAGAAGAUCUUUGAAUGUACGGCAUGUGGGAAAUCCUGUCGCAAGUUCUUGAUGUCUUAAAAAUCACAUUCAAAUU